AUGAACCUGCUGAGCUAUGUGUCCUCGGCGGCGCAGGCGGCGCUCGCCAAAGGCACAGGCGUGCCCGGUCUGCCAGCGUAUUCGAUAGGUGAACGAGACAGCGAAUAUGAAGGGCAGACAAUUUGGUCGUUGCACGAAGGCCUCAAAAGAGAUGAUGCUACGCCGGUGUCCAUCUUUGUGUUCAGCUCUUCCGCGUCGUCAUCCAACCGCCAAGACAGGCGAGCAUUACUACCACUUGCACGCAAUGCGUUGAGAAAGCUACGAACGCUACGGCACCCCGACGUGCUCAAAUUCCUCGAUGGCACCGAAGCAGACUCGUCCAUCUACAUCAUCACUGAAAAGAUUGAGCCUCUCACACGCCGGGUGGGCAAAGAGGGAAAUAUAGACACGAGUAAGAUGGGUGAAUGGAAAGUCUGGGGACUCAAGAGCGUCGUCACCGCCGUCAAGUUCGUUAACACGUCUGGCCAUUCUGUGCACGGCAACUUGAGGCCAAGCUCGAUCAUGACGACGCCCAGUGGCGAGUGGCGGCUUGGCGGGUUUGAAGUGCUCAGUUCGCCCAAAGACCCUCAGGGCGCUGUUAUAUACUCCCAAGGCGGCUUGUUGCCUAACGCAGGACAAUGGGCCAGUCCAGAGACCCGGCGGUCUGGCUGGGAGGCUUUGAGGGACUGCAAUGUGUCUGCAUUAGACGCAUUCCAGCUUCAUCUGCUUAUUCACGUGCUCUUCAAUGGCCCACUGCCUGUCAAUUUCCACAGCGAUUCGAAUCCGAUACUUCCGCCGAGCAGAGGCAACAUACCGCCUGCCAUCCAUGCAGCUAUGCGAAGGCUGGCAAAUCCGAAUCCAGCUUCUCGCGGCUCAGUAGAGACAUUUUGUAAUAUCGGCAUGGCUUCUGACGGGCCGCAGGGGACUGGCUUCUUCAGUAGUAAUCGGCUGGUCAAACUGACAGAAGGCUUAGAAGGCUUUGCGCUCGCAAGUGAGGGCGAUAAGGCAGUGCUGAUCAAGACGAUCAAAGAGACACAUGCUGCCUUGCCGCCCGAGUUCCUCAAGUACAAAGUCUUACCAGCGCUCGUCAAAGCGAUGGAAUAUGGGCCGGGUGGACCUACGCUGCUACCGCUUGUCGUGUCUCUUGGCACGAGCUUACCACCGAAAGAAUACUCCGUCUCAAUCCUGACACCGCUCGUCAGACUGUUCGGUAGUCCCGACCGCGCUAUGCGCAUGGCCUUGCUCGAAAAUCUACCCCAAUUUGCAGAUGCUCUCGAUGCAAAGACGGUAACAGACAAGGUCUGGCCUAACCUGAUGACUGGCUUCGCUGAUCUCGUGCCUGUGAUACGCGAAGCGACUGUCAAGUCUGUUCUCUUGAUAGCGCCGAAGCUUUCUGACAGAAUCCUGAAUAACGAUUUGCUGCGACAUCUUGCCAAGGCGCAGCAAGAUCCAGAGCCUGGAAUCCGCACCAAUACUUGCAUACUGCUUGGCCGAUUAUCGAAGCAUCUCUCACUCAGCACGAAUCGCAAAGUGCUCAUACCGGCGUUUGCAAGAGCCGUUCGUGAUCCGUUCGUCCACGCGAGGAUAGCAGGUCUCAUGGCGCUCAUGGCUACGGUGGAAUGCUUCGAUCGGGACGACCUAGCAGGAAGGGUGAUACCUGCUAUGUCCAUCACGCUCGUCGACAAAGAGAAGCUCGUCAGAGAUCAAGCGUUCAAAGCGAUGGAUACCUUCGUCAAGCGCGCACAAUCUCUCGCUGCCAGCAUGCCCGACACUGCCAUCGUGGCCGAACCAGGACAACAACCGACGCAAGCACAAAAAGCUGCAGCUACGAGUGCGCCUGGCAUGGCCACCAGCGCUACGGGAGCAGCCAAUGCGCUGGCAGGUUGGGCUUUAACUUCGCUCACUGCCAAGUUCUCUGCGACGGAGCUGGCUACGCCCAUCGUAAUGGGCACUGUGCCUGCCGCAGCAACCAAUGGUCACUCUGGCACGGUUGCUGCGGCUGCUGCAUCGAAUGGCGCGCCCUUAGUGCCGGGCGCGCAACAACUGAGUGCCACAGCUUCUAUGAGCUCUAGCGAUGCCACAAGCGAUCGCGGUGAUUGGGAAGAGCCCGGGCAAGCUGUCGACGAUGAAGAGCCGGAAGAAGACGACUGGGGCUCUUUCGAUCCAGUCCCAAGAGCAGCAGCGCCACGCGUGAGCCGCUCGCUGUCACGACCAUCGCCUCAUAGCUCGCCAUCCAAAUCAGGCACGCUCAAGCUAAAGGGAGCUUCACUCAAGUCAUCGUCCGCCCUCGCAGCUGCACUAGCUUCCGAGACGCGCGCACCUCAGGCUGCGUCAGUGAGACCAAUAUCCGUAGCGUCGGCAGAGGAAGAGCCAGAUGUUGCAGACGACUUCGCGAACGACUGGAGCGACCCGCCAGCGAUCGUGGACGAUGGCGCUACAGACGCGUGGGCAACCGAUCCUGGCAUCAAGACGAACAACAGCUUCAAUCUCACGCCGUCACUCACGUCAGCCACCGACGAAUGGAGCAAUGUCACCUCACCAACGAGGGCUCCGGUCCCGUCAGUCUCAAGCUUGAAGAGUGUAUCACUCGCGCCGCCGUCGAAGCCAGCCCCGGCUACGUCGGCCAAAGAUGAACGGGCAUCGAAGCUCGCGGCGAUGCGAGAAGAGCGAAGGGCGAGGAUGGCGGCUAAGACUGUUCAGCCUGCAGGGCCGACUGCAACUGCAGUGCCAAGCCCGCCGCCGACAAGUUCGCGUCCGCCGACGACCUUCACUGGAUACAAGUACUAA